GCUGCGAGUCGUUCAGCCAUUACCCGACCCUUUUAGAUUCAUUAAUAUUGUCUACAAGAAAAAAUUCUUCAACUUGAUCUAAUCUCACCUUGAAAUAUUGCAACAGUUUUCCAGCCUAGUGUGCCGUCCCGAUAAGAGAUAAAAGCGGCAUAUCGUUAGAUCUAAAUACAAGGGUCAGAGUAAUCUAAUUUCACCUUGGGGUUUUUUAAAUAUAUCACGACAAUACACUUCCCUCAACACGAUUCUAAAACAUGCCCCCACGACGAAGCCGAGAAGACGAUACUAUCAUUGUUAAGGGGGACGACGACGAAGAGUGGGCAGCGCCAUCUUCACCAGAAUCAAUAGGAUCGGAUAUUGAUUUCGAACCUAAAAACAAAAUGGCCAUCGAUACACCUCAAGACCUGGAGUCGCCUGAGCCAGAGCAAGCUGAUGGAGCUUCGGUCGCAAGUGUCAGUCCAGCAGCUAAACAAAGUAGUAAGACGAAGCCAAAGUACUUGAAUCAAAUAUCGUUCAGAGAUCCAGGUUCAUCAACAAUGGAGGAAAGAUUACAAAUGAUGCCGGCGAAACGUCCUCUACCUUGGAGAGACGGAGUUGAAGCUGGCUCUGAACUCGAAACUGGCGGCGAUUCACGCAGGAAGCAAAUCAGAUUUGGCUGUCUACUUGCGACUCGGGGAAAUGAAGUUGAAACUCCUUGCCAUUCAUGUGCGAAUGGUCGAGGCAAGUUCGAAUUGUGUAUCGCAUUGCCAGGAUUCUUCAAGGGAGCAUGCGCUAGUUGCCAAUUGAGUGGCAGACCAAACCGUUGUAGCAUCAAGACUAAUGAAGAUAGUAAGUUUAUCUUUGCAACAAACUAUCAACAAUGUACUAAUAAAAUGUCUAUCUAGUCGAACCCGAAGAAUUUCAUCCAGAAGAUGGACUCCGGUCGUCGCCAGUUGCCGAGGAAUCAAGCUCAGAUUCACGAAGAGCUUCUGGUUCGGGUUCACGAAAAAAUACAGCAAAGGAGACACCGGAUCGAUCUACUUCAACAACCCGCGCUCAAGAAGACAUGAAUUCUGGUCCACCAGCAAAGCGAGCCCGAGUCGAAGAGCCAGAAAAGCUACCUCAAACAGGCUGGCAAGAACCUCCUGUAGUAGACACCGGUUUGGGAUCUGCAAAGUCGCGCGGAGGACGCCCGCCUCGUUCAUCUCUAAAUAAUGUUACAACCUCGUGGGCUCAUGUUAACUCUCCGCAUAUGGCUACGCGCAACUCGUCUACACCAAUUAAUACUCGAAAUGGCGGUUCCAGGAGGUCUGUUGGCCAAACUCCUUCGGCUGAUAAGGAAACAAUUGUUAAGGAAACAUCUAGAAAACCAAGCAACACACCAAGUACCAAUACUCCUCAAUCAGCUCCAAGCAGGUCAGCAUCCAACGGCUGGGCUUCUGUCAACCAAACUCAGCAAGGAUCUCAACCUACUUUCCCCAACCUAGCCAAACCACAAAUCCCAAAACCACAACAUCAGCAAUCCAAGCCGGAGCAGCCGCCGGCGAAGCCAGUGCAGCAGGUUAAACCAUCACAAGAGCAAUAUCAAGCUCAACAGCAGCAGCAAGUUGGACCACCACAGGAGCAAUACCAAGCUCAACAGAAGCAGCAAGUUGUACCACCACAGGAGCAAUAUCAAGCUCAACAGCAUCAGCAGCAUCAAGUUCAACAGCAGCAGCAGCCACAGCAUCAAGUCCAGCAACAGCCACAGCCACAGCAUCAAGUUCAACAACAACAACAACAACAACAGCAAUACCAACUUCCUCCUCCCCCUCCACCUCCACAAGCCCAGCAACAGCACGGGCGACCUCAACCACAAUUUCAAGUCCAACCUAACACUAUUCCCCCUAAUGCUUUUGGAGGCUUCGUUGAUCAGCAAAAUGGUAGGAUGAGCAACGGAUUGGCAACGUCCCAACCUCCGAAAAAAGUCAAACAGCUACCACCUUACCAACCAACCUUUGUUACAACUCCAUCUGGACUCUCUUUUGCCUCGGCUCCACUCAUCGAGACCUUGCCAAAGCGAAAGCAGCUUCAGCUAAUGGGAAUCAUUAGUGGUCUCCAAGGAGGUAUUGAUAAUAUUCAGAGGGAGCUCAAUCAGUUGAAGAAGACGCUUGGCGUAGAGGAUGAUGAUAAUUGAUACGUUGAUACGACGGCAUUCUGAAUUCAAAAGCAUUGCGGCGUACAGGGUACAUAUGUAAAACAACUACCAUACUAUACCUUAAUAGCAAUAAAAUGUGUGAAUUUAGCAAUAAGGGCUCUCGGUAAACCAAGCCGACACAAGUGAUCUAAACGGGAUCCUUAGCAAUUAAUCAGCUGUAAAGCUGCGGAAUUCUUGGAGAGAUUUCCAAGCUUUUCGUCUAUAAGCUAAUUUGGUGAAGGGUCUCUUCUCCUUAAGCGAAAACAGGCGGGAUUUGUAUAAGGAAACAAACAGUGCUAAUACUACGCUUCCCUUUUAGUCAGGAUAGAACAUCAAAUCACAUC